AUGGCGUCACCAGCUGUCCUAAGACCAGCAACACCGGCAUCGAAUUCUAGUGAUGUCUUGACCCCGCCAGUCAGCCAGGGCUCACCAGCGACUUCGGUGACGGAGGUUGAAGAGCAGACCAUAUACACUAUCGAUGAUCUUGUACGGGUUCGAGCCUGGGGAGAUAAGGCUGAUGAGCCUAUUGUGGCGUACCCCGUUGAGGGGACAGUGUAUAAAUAUUAUACACCGCGUGAGCUGCACAAUCUAGUUGAAGCCGCUUCAGUCCAUUAUGCGCGUGUGAUUUCACAACGCCGAACGUCUGAUGAUCCAGUGCAAGUGGUUGGUUUGCUCGGUCCUUCUGACUUUGAGUACCUGAUUACUUUACUUGCGAUCUCGCGACUGGGACAUACGGUUCUGCUGUUGUCAACUCGCAUUGCGGAAGACGCAUACGUCAGUCUGCUCAAGAACACCAAGGCUUCUCUCCUCAUUGCAUAUCCUGCCUUUAAUGGCGUGGCGAAGAAGGCGACCCAGAGGACCGGAACUGUAUUGCAACCGGUGCUUAGGCGUGAAGAUUAUGUCAACAGCACGUUGAAGCUGCCAAAAGCUGAACUGGACGGUCUAGUAGAGAACAAACACAUCACCUGGAUCAUCCAUUCUAGCGGCUCGACCGGCCACCCGAAGCCAAUUUACCAGACACACUCCGGCGCAUUGAAGAACUAUGCCAAUAACUUUGGCCUCAGGGGUUUUAUUACGCUGCCUCUUUAUCAUGCGCAUGGUAUCAGCUGUCUUUUCCGCGCAGUCCAUUCCGAGAAAUUGAUUUACAUGUACAAUGCGGAACUUCCUCUGACGGGUUUCUACUUGCACACGACGCUUCAGGAGCAUCCGGAUAUCGAAGUCCUCUACGCCGUUCCGUAUGGCCUGAAACUGCUCUCGGAAUCGGAGGAAAGCAUGAAGUUGCUCGCUAGAUUGGAGCUAGUGAUGUUUGGUGGCUCGUCCUGCCCCAAGCCAAUCGGCGACAAACUUGCUCAGAACGGAGUUCGUCUCGUUUCUCAUUACGGAACUACUGAGACAGGCCAGCUUAUGACCUCGUUUCGGGAUCGCUCCGACACGGAUUGGGAUUACGUGCGCCCAGGCCCGUCGUUGCUACCUUUUAUCCGAUGGGAGGAACAGAUGCCUGGUAUUUACGAGCUGUGUAUCCUCGAGGGAUGGCCAUCAAAGGUGGCAAGUAACCGACCAGAUGGGGCGUACGCGACGAAAGAUCUGUUUGAAAAGCAUCCUACGAAGGAGAACGCGUGGCGAUAUUACGCUCGUCUAGAUGAUACACUUGUGCUGGAGAAUGGCGAGAAGGCAAACCCGCUGGUCAUUGAAGGCGUCGCUCGCAAUCAUCCAAAUGUUGGUGAAGCAAUAGCGUUUGGCUCCAACAGAUCUCGGCUAGGGCUGUUCCUAAUCCGCGCUGAAGGACGUACUGAUGAGACAGAUGAGCAAAUUAUCGACUCUGUCUUCCCAGCAAUCGAGCAGUGCAACGCGGAGAGUCCUGCUUAUGCGUAUAUUUCCCGAGACAUGAUCCGUGUUCUGCCCGCCGAUACUGUUUAUAGGAAAACGGACAAGGGCACCGUUAUUCGCUCUGCGUUUUACCGCGAUUUCGCAGAGCAGAUUAGCCAUGUCUACGACCAGGAGGAUUCCAGUGGGAGCCAAGUGUUUGAAGGUGAUGAAUUGAUCACCUUCCUCCGCAACAGCCUCCUCGAAAUUUCGUCGUCCAUUGAGCCAUCUGCGUUGCAGGAUUCUACUGAUGUGUUCAGUCUGGGCGUUGAUAGCAUACAGUCUCUCCGACUACGAAGUGCCAUCUUAAAGACGCUGAAUCUUGGUGGCCAGAAGCUUUCCCAGAACUUUGUCUUUGAAAACCCGUCCAUACAAGCCAUGGCUGACGAACUUACUCGGUUAAGACUUGGGAGAGGUCCUCAGCAGCAAAUCCCAAUUGAAGAUCGGAUGGAAUAUCUUAUUGAGAAAUACAGCCGUGGCUUCAAGGAGCAUGUCCCAGUUCCGAGGGACGAUAACGGCGAGCAUAUCGUUGUAACUGGUGCCACCGGAUCUCUGGGUGCGCAUAUUGUUGCCCAGCUGAUCCGCGCCGAGCGCGUACGCAAAGUAUACUGUCUCGUUCGCGCUUCAUCGCUUCUGUCAGCUCUACAACGAGUGCGGCAGAGCUUGCAUGCUCGCUUUUUGUUGUCUAGCCUCACACCAGACGAAGAACGCAAAAUCGUUGCGUUGCCCGCUGACCUAUCGAACAGUGUGAGGUUAGGCUUGCCUGAAGACGUCUACGAAGAGAUCAUCAGCUCGGUCACGGCCGUCAUGCACUGCGCCUGGUCUGUCAACUUCAACUGGACACUAGAGAGCUUUGAACAGCCUUGCAUCGCAGCCACGCGCAAUCUGGUAGACCUCUGCCUUGACACCCAAGGUCCUACUCCAGCAAAUUUCUCCUUUUGCUCGUCGGUCAGUACGGUUGCUCGCACGCCAGGGAACUGGGUGCCAGAAGCACUUCCAGAGUCACUCAGUUAUGCGCAAUCAAUGGGGUACGCGCAGUCGAAGCUGGUAACCGAGCAUGUAGUCAACCGUGCAUGCCGUCAAACUGGCCUAGCAGCCCGGGUCCUUCGAGUUGGACAAAUCGUGGCUGAUACGGAGCACGGUAUCUGGAACGCCACCGAAGCUAUCCCCAUGAUCUUCCAGACAGCCGAGACAGUCAAGGCCCUUCCUCUGCUCGACGACAUUCUGUCCUGGACUCCGGUUGAUACCAUGGCAUCGAGCAUUAUUGAGGCGACGCUAUCCUCAACUGCAGCAGAAGUCAUGAACAUUACUAAUCCAACUCUAAACCACUGGACUCGUGACCUCCUUCCCCUCCUGAAACAGGCAGGGCUUACUUUCGAAGCUUUGGCGAAGCACGAGUGGCUUGCCCGUCUUCGCUCAAACCUCGACCCAAAACGCAACCCACCUAUCAAGCUCCUUGACUUCUUCGCCAAGAAAUACGGCAACGAUUCACCAGCCCGCGUCCUACUAUACGACACCAAGAAAAGCCAGUCUGCCGCCCCGUCUCUUCGAAACGCACCAGGACUAACUCAAGACUUUGUGACCCGGUUCGUACAUCAAUUCCGUCGGCAAGUCUGGUCGUCAACCGCAGCCCAAUCAUCACCUAAGAAUGUGAUCUUCCUGACAGGAGCCUGUGGCUCAGGGAAAUCCACCGCCGGACUUCACCUCUCGACAAAAUUCAGGAUCACAACAAUCGAAGGCGACGACAUGCACUCUCGUGUCUCCCGCGCGAAGAUGGCGUCUGGUAUCCCACUUUCGGAUUCAGACAGAUGGGAAUGGCUCUCUCACAUACGUGGAGCCGUUAUGGACCGCCUACUCCAACCAUCCACCUCGGCGGGAAUUGUCGUCACCUGUUCCGCACUCAAGAGGUCCUACCGCGACGAAUUACGGAAAUUGAUGUAUCUAUUGGAGGACCCCGUAAAUGUUACAUUUAUCCACUUGUUUGUUGGCAAAGAAAACAAGACGGAGCUCCAGGAGCGGUUGAUUCUGAGAUCGAAAGUGGAGGCGCAUUACAUGGCGUCUACUAUGGUCGAUUCGCAGUUGGAGGCUUUGGAGAGCCCAGAGGAAGAGCGGGAUGUCGUAGUUGUCGAUGCAGCUGGGAUGAAGGAUGUGGUCCUCAGGGAGGUAGAGGAGAUUGUGAGAGGGAUUCUGGCGUAGGUUCUAAUGUUUUAGUGAUUUAGAAUGCCA